UAAAACGUUCACUUCUGCGUUACAUCUUCGCGAUUGGUUACGCCUGUAAAGGUCUCGUAGGCUCGCGAGGUCAAGGACGAGGUUGUGUUUGUACUAGCGGCAAGUCUCGCGCUAGGAGCAGCAGCGUGCGCUGAACGCGAUAGAAGCAGACGACGUGUAGUCGCGCGUGGAACAUGGAGUACCCAACUUACAUUUUACCGAAGGAUGUUUUGUGGUUGUGGUGUGUUGUUGUUGGAUUUAUUGGUGUGUUCAGCGAAGAAAAGAAUGUCCUGCGAUUCGAGGACGAAGCCUUCCCGAGCAACAUGACGAUACUGAACCGUCUAAUAACGUGUGGAAACAGCACCUGGGGCAAGUUCACCACACCCACAUUUACCUGCGAUGAUAUUAGGGUAAACGGCCUCCGAUUAGCCUACGGCUACUACCCUGGGUGGGGCGUCGACGACCAUUGCCAAGAGACGGGGGGAAACCACGAGUUUACACAGCUGUGCAUGAAGAUGCUCAAAAAAAUCGGCAUGCAUCAUAAAGGCAUUUAUGGAGCUAUGGUGAACAACGCCACCUGUGGCCAUAUAGACGAAGAACGGUAUUUGCUGAAAAUGUCGGAAAGGAGCAGGUAUGAGUGGACACUGAUGCCCGCUGGACGAGGCUGGGUCAGCAGUCUGUCCUGUAUGAUCAGAGUGUGAGCCACGAGGACACUGAUUGCGCCUUACUGACAGAUAUUUUAAAAAUCCACUUUGGAAAUCGAAUAACGGAGAGGUUUUGGGCACAACAACACCAAAGAAACUGUGCGUGCAUGGGUGGGUGGGCGGAUGUGCUUCUUUUUUUUUUUUUUUUUUUUUGAAAUAAGGGAAAAGAAGAUUUCUAACGUUUGAUCUCAGCCCGUAGUGUUUCUGUGUUAAAAGUGCUGCUAUCUUUCAUCAUUGUGAUAAUACAAGCCACAUACAUCUCUCCAUUAUAUUCGGUCAAACGUGUUUUACGCUAGUCGUCUUCUUGUUUCAUGUCGGCAUACAACUGGAUUGGAAGAUUUUUUCACGGGAUAUCAUCGUCUUUCAUCUCAUCUUUUCAUAGCAACAUUGCGAGCUGUGUCUGCUGCCUGUGUGUCUCUUGUGCAGUUAAAAGAACAGUGAAUUGCUUCGAGAUAUGACUGUACUAUAUGAACUUUCUUGUUGUGUUGGUUUCUUUACAGUUUAUUGUUCAACGUCAGCACACAACAGGCUGAUAUUAAUCCAUUUCUUUGGUGGGGGAUCAUCGUCUGUAAUUACCUAUGUAGAUACAGAGAUAGAGUGUCCUCAAAAUUAAAUUGUGACUGGCCAAAGGGCUUCAGUGUAGAGAAUGUAAUAAAACUUUGCUUGUGGGCGUAAUGGCUGUCCAUAGGGGAGGAAAAGCUUUCAUUUUCACAGAUUUCCGAGAUGCACGGUGUGCGAAGAGGCAAUAGCUGUGAAGAACAGCAGCCUUGCCUACAUGAGGUCCAAUGAAGACCUUCUGUAUGCUAAAUAUCUACCACGAUGUAUAUCUUCUCUAUGCUAAACAUCUACCACAGUAUGGAGAGGAGCAUCUCGAGACAAAAUACUGUUUUUUCACCUUCCCGGGGAACAUUUUACGUUGGAUGUUUAGUGUUCUUGCAAUUGGAGGUAUUAUUGUAAACAAUACACAAAGUGGAUGGAUAGAACUUCUUAUACAUCUUCGCUUGUGCAGCAGACCGUAUACGAAACAGAUGAAUGAAGGUGGGGACAUGUUGACGCAACUGUUUGCCUGACAAAGGAUGGUUGGAAGGUAGCGGGGAUAUCACGAGCGAAAAAGAAAAAUUUUCAACACCUACUGCAUCUUCGGUUCGUUCUUCAGCAUCUCUGGCAGUGCCGGACCUUAUGGCUUCCGGCGUUGACGUUGACGUCUACGAAUCGAUGGAGGUUGAACUUCUUGGACAAAUGACACUCCAUUAAGCCUGAAUUCUGAAACGCAGGGCUUCUUGUGCAAAGCUGGACCCUGUUUGUGAAACUCUUGUAAUAUGAUUGGGAGAGAUUGUGUAGCAAACCUUAAAGGUUGCGGUGUUUGUACAUUUCGCGGAGCGGGGUUAUUUGUCAUCCACUUUAGCGAUUAGGUUCAAGAAAGAUCUUGUUCUGUCCACAUUUCAUUUUGUCUAGACUCACCAUCCGACUGUUCCUUUAGGUUUUCUUGGGAUUUUUUUUUCAUUUUGUUCUCCUUUUCUAAUUUUUUGAGUCGGUAAGUAUGCUGUCCAAAAAGCCAUAGCUAAUGUCUUCUUCAACAAUGCCAGGCAAGAAAAAAGUGGUCUGGAAAUUGGUUGAAAGUUUUAAACAAAGUUCAGAUGGGAGUGGCAUACAAGCAUUCAUGUUAUUAAUAGCAGACCCGUGGGUGGUAUUAGCAGACGCGCGACUGUUUCUCGUUCUGUAAUAUUUAUGAACUUGUAAGAAGACAAAACCGUGGGAAGGGGAUUGAAGUGUUGAAGUGAGAGAAGUAUUAUGUUUUGCCCUUCGGCCUGAAAGCCAGAUGAUCAUAUAUUCUUGUUGAAGAAAAUGCCCAUUCCCCGUUGUUGUAGUUACAUUGUUUGCAACCUUCGGGUGUGAUAUGUGUAUGUAGCGGGGCGACCUCACUGUGACAUGUUAGUCAGCGUUUGGACAAUCACUGUGUACAGACAGUACAUUCCAGAUGGGCGUGUCUUACAUUUUGAGUCGUCUUUUCUGAAAACCACUGCCGUGUUUUCGAGACGAUUUACUGUCAGUGCCUUUGUAAUAUCAAACAACAUUCACAUACACACGAACGCACACACGUACAUAUCCACAUAUCCACGUUUACCAAACAAACACAUCUCACCCACCCACCAACCACACACACAGGUGUACGUGCACACACAGUCGAGCGUGUAAAUGCACAUUUUCCCCCUCAGUUAUUGAAAUUAUAGUUCAUAUGUUCGUUAUUUUAUUUAGAACAAUGUCAGCUACUUUGUUUUUAUUAUAAUUGUUACAUUACAUAGCAGUAUGAAUGGAAAAAUUAUAUUAAGCAACUAGAUAUUUUGGUGAAUACGUACAUUUUCUUUCUUAUUUCGUUCUCCAUGAGAUUCUUCUUUGAACCAGCUGGAUAAGUUAUAUUUUUAUGACAAUAAAAAUAUGAUUUUGGAUGUAUUAGUAUAUUAGUACGUUCAUAUAUAAAGUUUUUAAUUGGUUAAGAAAAUAUGAAAAUAGAAAGUAAGAAGCGGGGGCAUGUGAAUGCGUGAGUGAAUGAACGAAUGAACUAAACCAAGAACAUAUCCAAAGAUACCAUGGUUGCUAUUUUGUCUUUGAGCUAUUUGAAGUGCCCUACAACGUUCUGUUAAGUAUUAAAAAACUUUUUUCAUAUCAAGUUUUUCGAAUAAUCAUAGCCUUACAAAACUCCGCUUCCUGUCGAGUUACCCUGAAGAAAAUCGGGUUUUUAUCUAAUUGGCAUAAAAAGCUUCUAGGGAAUAUUACAGUUUCUUCGCAGAGUUUUCCCUGAGUGUUUUGAUUAGUGGCUGAUGUAAAAUUCCCGGGGUAACUCCUGUUGCAGGAACUGCUUUUUUGACAACAAGAAAAAAAAAUUGAAGCUUGUCAAAUUUUUCCCUUAAAUGUUUUUCCCUGACAUCAGAAACUCAGGCGGAUAUGCAUCCUUAGUCUCUAAUAACCUUCAACACUCUCAUCCUUUUCCGCUCCCUCACUCUCAUCUCACUCACGCACGCAACCUGUCUCUGGUUUCAACACCUUUUACAGCAUCCUCAAGGAGCUUAAAAUGUAAUAAAGACGAAUAUGUUCAGAGUAGUUAAAAGCCCUCCAUGUAUCUGUGCAUCCUUUUAUUUAUUGUCUGCUUGCCUGCAUGGCUGCAGGUGUGAGCAUGUACCACGUGACGCCAUGAAAGCUCUUAGCUAGCAUUUUAGCGAAAUUCAGAAUUUAAAAAAAUGGUAGGAAAUGCUGGUGUCCGUGUGCAGUGGAGAAUAACCUGAUUCAUUACCACUUCAUUUCUUGUUCGCCAUUCGCCGGUAGCUCAGCGCAGCCAAGACGCCAUUAUCCCUGUGACGUCAUCGUGACCUACAGUUCAAGGCCGUGUUAUUCGGCUUUUAGCUGGUGCAGAGUCACAAGCUGAUUAUGCACCCACGGACACGUGAUCCGUUUUAUUGCGCGUGCAAAGCAUCCAGAAUCAUGUUUUACGUGCUUCGGAGACGGACCCCGGAUAGAGCGGGUUCGUUGUUUUAUUCCAGCAGCAUGGUCUGGGAAGGAAAGAUGCGGAGAAGGAAGGAGAGGUGCGGAGAAGGAAGGAGAGAGAAAAGUGGGAAAGUUGUGUUAAGGUCAGACCUCCCAUGCUGAUUCCUGACUCGCGAAACAUUGUAAAUAAAAACCAUGAAUUCGAAAACAAAGCUAGGUUGCACACACUUUGCACGUUAUGCGAGAAUUGUAUAUUUGUAGUUACAUAUCACGCGUAUGACAUCUCCAUGUAUAAAUAAAUAAUUAUAUUCUAUUCUAUUUCUGGUUUUAGGGGUGAGGGUGCACGAUGAUACUGAGGUUAUUCUGUUGUAAUGUGUCAUGAUGUUUUUUACCAUUUCCUCUCACUCUUUUGUUGUUGUUUAUUUCUCGCAUCCCCGAUUCAUAGCGGUCCGGUGGCGCAACGGUUAGCGCUGUUAGCGCCUGUCACCAAUACAGUGAAGGUUGGCUGCCCUGAGUUCAUUUCUCGUCUCGGGCACGCUGAUCUUUCUCUGCACGUGACAUCUGUUUACAGGGCUGGCUGCUUGCCGUAAUAUAGCCUUAGUUGCUGACACGGCGUAAAAACACCAAUUCCCUCCCCGAUUCAUAUUAGGAAACAUAACUGAUAUUAAUAUUUUAUACAUUGAAUAUUUUUGAGGUGAAGAUAUGUGCUUGAUCUUGAAAAGAUUCAGACAAUGGUUCUCUUGUGUAAGAGGUUUUUCCGUGGGUCAUAAAAUAAAAUUUUUGGAUAAUUAUGCUAUCCUUGGGGUCGCUUGAGAAAGGGAUGGGUGAAAUCUAAACUGAUCUUUAGCAAAAAAAAUGUUUAUUAAAAUAGAAUAGAAACUUAAUUAUGAAAGGGACAUAAAAUAUUUUCUAAAAUUUAGAAAACAACCGACACAAAUCUACUGUGGUUCCAGUCCAACAUAAUUCAUGUUAUUGUACCUACCGGCCGUUUUGAGAAAGACCUCAGCCAGAUCAAAGAUUACCUAUGUGUACUUUUUGUAAUAACUCAGAAAAACCACUUUUACCUUCUCUGGAUAUGCCCCUGUGUACAAAAUUUCUGGCUAGAGAGUCAUACCUGGCUAGGAAAGGUACCCGGUGAUAUUGUGGUUAUCCUGGUUUAAUAUGUAGCUUUACUUCUACCAUAGACUAUUCCUCGUUUUUCUUUCUCACAUUCCGGUUUCAGACUAAGAAAUUUAACUCGUCAGAAAGAAAAUUUAUGCGAGGGGGAAAUGCGAAAAUAAUUAUUAGAGGUAUCAAUAGACAGGGAGGGGAGUUAUGAUUUUGGAUACAGAGUAUUGAGGACUGGCAUCGAACAGCUAUUUUUAUUACCUCUUGUAAAACUCUUAUUGAAAAUGUUGUGAUGAAUACAUUAAUUCAAGAAUUUGUGUUAUUUUAAUCUCAUCAACUGAGUUUUGGAAACUCCCAUUGAAAAUGUCGCAGAAACAAGUUUCGAAUCCAAGAUGCAAAUGUGUAUUUCCUUUUUGAAUGAUAGGAGAGAUUAAAUGUUACCAAUUAAUGCAUAAUUUAUUGAUAUUUCCAUUUGUGACUGUUCACAUCGCCAGAUGAAUACAAUUGUUAAUGAAAAUUGUUUACAUGUAUUUUAAGAUUAUUUUGUUCCUGUUCAACACAGUUCGUUUUCCUGACAUAUAAACUCGACAAGAAACUACGCUCUUAGAUGAUAAUAUCUAUAUAUAUGUUAAUUCGAGAUUUAAUGAUUCUGUCCAUGAAUUCUUGUGCACAUUUUUUUGUCAGGGAAGACGACUGCUUAAAGAUAAUGAUAUGGUUUAUUUACAUGUUUAUUUUCCAAACUCAUACACGGGUGUUAAAUGGUACUCUCCUUUGCAUACAAACAUCACAUACAUAUAAUUUAGACGACAUCACAUCAUAAUGAAUGUGUGUGUGUGUGCGCGCGCGCGUGCGUGUGUGUGUAUGAUAGUGUGUGUGUUUGCAUGUGUGUGUGUGUGUUAUCAGGUGAUAAGAAUGUACGUUAAAACUGUCUUGUUAAAACAUUCAGUCUCCAUUUUCAUGGAUCACCCGAUGCCCGUUCAUGUUAAGAGUUGUGCUGCUUGUAUCAGGCGGCUGUUGACUGAGAUGUAGGUGGUCUCGAGAAAAAUCUUAUCUAUUUUACACGUGCACAGGUUACGACCGCUGGUACCUCGUCACUGAUCAGGAAGAUCGCAUUCUCGCACUCAGUAAAGCCAGGUCUUAACAUCUUGGACUGUUCUUGUCAAAUAGGCGCAGCAUGUUACAAAUUAUAUUAAAAAUUGUCUGAAUUUUGCAUGUUAUCUGUGUCGGGCACAAACUUUGUACCCUAUACAUUCUGUCUGGAGCUGUAACAUAUAAAGGCUGUUUACGAUGACAUUUGCUUGAAAUUAGUUGAUGUUAAUUAACAAAGCUCUUUCUUUCUUUAUCUACAUACCCACGCGUCUGUCUGUCUGUCUGUCUGUCUGUCUGUCUGUCUGUCUGUCUGUCUGUCUGUCUGUCUGUCUGUCUGUCUGUCUGUCUGUCUGUCUGUCCUUUCCAACACCCUACCGCUUUUUCUCUCUUUUCCCCUUGUCUAUCUCAUCAGCUCAUCAAACUUUUUCCAUCUUCUGUGCACAUAUUCAUAGUGAUUAACCCUCAUGCAAGUGUAUGUGCAUGUGUGAGCGAAGAUAGUUACGUGAGUGCAUGCACAUGUGACUGUUAAAAUAUUCAUUGUGGACAUUGUAAACAUUACCCUGCACGAGCAUAAAUUUUGAUCACUGUUUGUGUCAUUGAGUUUUAUUGCCCCUUGCUUCCUAAUUUAAAAUUGAUUUACCCUGCAUUAAAACAGCUAUGACGUUGC